AUGUCCUCAUUCUCCGAGCAGUCUCCCCAGUUCAAUCCACCGCCGUCCGCACAGCCUCGCAAGUCACUGUUCGGUGGCCCCAGCAGCGAUGCCGCGCAUCCGCCUUCUCAGCCGUCACAGCGAUCACUAUUCGGUGGGCCGAGCGGGUACGAUGGCGCCGCGGAGUCACGCCCCGUGCAGGAGCCUGUGGCUCGCAACGACACGCGAGACGGGGACGACUAUGAGAUCGACGCCAUGAUGGGGCAUCAACAACCCUUAACGGGCGAUUAUUCCUCCGAUGGCGACAGUUUUCCCGGGAGCGAUGAAGAUGACGACGAGCUGGGUUCGGAUAUCGACGAUCACGAUACGGGCAACUCUAAACAGCCACAAACAGAUCCGGUCUACGGGGGACAAUCUAAGAAAUUUGUCCUUGAUCGAGGAAAGGAUUUACCUAUGGGAUCUAUGCGCCCAAACCGCUGGAUGGGAUCUCGGUCUACUUAUAAGAGAGUAACCGCGAAUGACCGGGGCGCUGCCGAUUCGAUAAUCAGGAACCGAGCGAGGGAUCUGGCUUCGCACCUCUAUAAUGCGCAUGCUAUCCGCAAGAGAGCGGACAAGCAAGCACCAUUGAAUAUCAAACGAUGGGUCGCGUGGCCUAUGCCGGCCGAGAAGGUCCCGCGAGUCGGUGAAUUUAUCCACAACCAGCUGGGUGAUCCAGAUACGUGGCGCAUGCCACCUGAUCCCCGACCUAGUGCUGAACUGGAAGAGUCUAUUAUGGCAGCGAUGACGAGGACUGCCAAGGAGAGCUUCCAAGCCCGCGAAUGGGAGCUUACAGAAGUGAAAAAGAGCAUGGACUACGAUGGCAAAAUGGACAGCGAUCCCGAAGACGAAGAUGAAACACCACUGCGGCCGGUAGUACUGGCCGACGACGAUCAGGCUCGGCAGCAUUUACGACCGCUUUCUCGACAGGUCAUCUCACGUCUGGACCGUGUAUUGGUUGGACUUCAUCACUCGAUGAAAGGGAAGAUUGGCGAAGAGUCUACCAGCGAGUCCUCCAGUGAUGCUGACAGCGUCAUCUCGCCGGCCUCCAAGUCGGUCAGGAGCACGAGCAGGAGUCAGUCGCGCGGCCGAAACCGAGCUCGUCGGAAUCUUCGUCAAGAACAACCGUCCGGCAGCCGCAGUCAACACAUGGCUUCAGGGAAUGAGGCUCAGGACGAGAGUAUGCCCGAGACGUCUCGUUCCCGCGGCCGGUCUCGCUCCCCCAACAAGGCGAACCAGCGGCAAUCCUCAAUCAUCCGCAAACAUCAUCUGCGUGAUUGGAGUGAGGUGAUGGGUGUCGCAUCGAUGAUCGGCCUCCCCUCCGCCGCCGUGAUGCGAGCCUCCAAGCGAUGCACUGAGCUAUUCGGCGAAGACAUGACAUUCCGGACGUUUCACGAAGGACGCAUCAAAGCCCAGGCCGCGCGCAACACCCGAUACGAGUACACCGACUACACCUACACCGAGAGCGGGGGUGAGAUAGAGGGGACGGGUCUGUCCAGCCCGCCGCCUGCGGACCAGCAGCCACCACAACGCAAGCCCAGGAGUCGAGCACGGCGACCUCGGUCACGUCUCCCAUCCGCCCCAGCACCGGAGCCGCUGAGUGCGGAAUUUGUCCAUUCCGACCAGGAAAUGGAAGUAUCAACACCGUCGGUUCCCUCGCAUGCGGCGAAGGGCAAAGGGCCUCAUCGCAAACUGGAUCUAGUGUGCCCCGUGAAGAAGUGUCCGCGACAUACCAAUGGGUUUUCGAGGACGUGGAAUCUCAACCUCCACAUGAAGCGGGUCCACCCGAGUUAUCGCGCGCGAGAGCCGUCUAACCGGGCAGAGCGAUCGGUCAGCACGGCGAGUGCUUCAGCGAAUGUCUCCGUAGUGGUGGAAAUCCACGAUUAA